GGCAAGAGAGGACCCAGGGGUCCCGGCAGUGGGAGCUGCGGGGCGAGUGCCGGGCCGGGCUGCGGAGGCCCAUGGUCCGAGGCUCCACCCUGACUCCUCCCAUUCUCCUGUCCAGGAGUUGAAGAUGUGCACCUAGAAAAGCCCAUCUGGGACAUACCGACUCUGGGACCCUUGGCACCUGCUUCUCCACCCACCCAUUGAGGUCCUCGCCACACCGACCCCACCCAUACUGCCGUGAGGUAGGAAAAAUGAGCCUCCUCAGCUGCAACUUCUGACAUCCCAGAGUCGCCCCAAAGUAGGGCCCCAGGGCUUGGAGAAGCAUGGGCACCAAGAAUGAAAGCCCAGAGCCAGACUACCAGAAACAGUUCCAGGCUGCAGUCAGCGUCAUUCAGAACCUUCCUAAGAAUGGUUCUUACCGCCCCUCCUACGAAGAGAUGCUGCGAUUCUAUAGCUACUACAAGCAAGCUACCAUGGGGCCCUGCCUGGUUCCAAGGCCUGGAUUCUGGGACCCCAUUGGACGAUAUAAGUGGGAUGCCUGGAACAGCCUGGGCAAGAUGAGCAGGGAGGAGGCCAUGUCCGCCUAUAUCACUGAGAUGAAAUUGGUGGCACAGAAGGUGAUCGACACUGUGCCUCUGGGCGAGGUGGCAGAGGAUAUGUUUGGUUACUUCGAGCCCCUGUACCAGGUGAUCCCUGACAUGCCGAGGCCCCCAGAAAGCUUCCUGAGAAGGGUCACAGGUUGGAAAGUGCAGGUGCUGAAUGGCAAUGAUGGGGCUGUCCCUGGACCUCCCUGCCUCCCCAAGCAACCAGCACCCCCAAGCCCAGAGUCCCAGCCACCCAGAGACCUGGACUUGGAGGUUUUCUGUGAUUCCCUGGAGCAGCUAGAACCUGAGCUGGUUUGGGCAGAACAGAGGGGAGCAGUUGGAGGACAGCCUGAUGCCAGAAACAGUCUCGAGCCCCCUGGAGAGAAAGAGGGGUUGGGGGUCACCCUGCUGGGACCCCAGGAGUUGGAUACAUGGCUGGUGGGGACAGUUCGGGCGCUGCAGGAGAACAUGCUGGAUGUCCAGGGGAGGCUGCAGAGCCUGGAAAAUAAGCCCCAGCCUGCUGAGCAGAGGCCCACGCCCAGGGCUCGGCCUUGGCCCCUCAGGCUCUCAGCUCCCACGCUGCUCUUCCUCCUCCUGUGGCCCUUCGUUGUCCAGUGGCUGUUCCGGCAGUUUCGGAUCCAGAAGAGGUGACUCUCCAGGAAGGGGCCUCUAGUCACCGAGGAGGCUCUGAGCGCUUGUCCUGCUGUGCCCUGUCUUCCACGUUCUAGGAGAACACCAUUAGCAAUCCCCUCCCACUCGCAUUUGCCUUGGCACCCCCUUACCCAGUAGGGGUCCGAUAAGACCCCACCCUUCCCAGCAGGUCACACUAGACGCCCCUCCCACCCACCCCACGCCGUCCUGGAAGGCUGCAGUUGCGGUGCCCGUCCCCACAUUUUGGGGUGGCUGUGAGCUGGGCGGCGCUGCCAGGGCCCAGCCCCUCCGGCCCCACCCUCUGGUCACUUGACUCCCGGCUUCUCCCAGAGGAGGCUCGGCUCCUGGCAAGUUGGGACUUGGGCCGGGGCCUGGAAGGCGGAGAGGCGGGAGGGUGGAGGAGUGCGCAGGCCCGGGAGGGCGCGGACGCGGGCCUCGCUUGCUUCCCGACACACGCGGCUCAGGACGUCCGCGCUGAAGAUUCUUUUACGUAUGAGUGUUUCACUAAAUAAAAUAAAACUCAAUCCUCUGC